AUGGACACAACGCUGAGGGGUUUGCGCGGCCUCGCCGGCACGGGACAUUGGACAGGACCCUGGCACGCAUUCAUUGUUAACGCCCCUCCUAUUCCCAGGCUCAAAGUUUUACUCGCAAGACAGUUAGACACCUUGAUCGACGACUUGCCAGCGCUCUCUGCCGCUUUGAUACCACCGGUUCCCACGACUUUCGGCAGAUCGAAGGGUGAGAGAACACCGCCAAGAGGUCCCGGAGUCAGUGGCGUCAACAGGCCCGGCAAACUCGGCAAGGCUGACCUGACAUAUCGACGGCUGCCAUCGAUCACCGCGUAA